UCCUCGGCCUGCCCGCUCAAAGCGCUCGCAGUGCGGCCUUCCGCCGUCCGUAGCCGCCUCUCCCCGGCCCGACGAGGCGUGCUUGUUGGGAGAAGGACCGGGCGAGCGGACAUUGCCGUCCUGCAUCCCGUGUGUCCGUUUCAGCUGCCGGGCGCUAGCUAUGAGGAACUCGAUCUGAUUAGCGCCCUCGUAGUUGACGCAGCCGCGGCACACCACCUCGCUGAAGUCCCACACCACCGUCCAGGGCAUCUUGGGCAGGUCGCACAGGUAGCACCAUUGGCGCCUGGAGGCGGAGGAAGGCGACGACAUGAUGGACGACUAGCCGGCUAGCUCGCGAGCACACGUUGGCUGACUUCACCUAAUUAUCUCAAACAAGUGUCUUUCUCAUUUAACUCCCUCCAAUAUGUUUUAGAACAACAAUAGACAUAUCCUCGAUACCAAUGCUUCAAUAUUUGAACGAUUAUUUCUUCUGUUUCUCGUUUGUUUACCCUCAUCGGCCUGCUCUUCACGGCUGUCAACCGCUCUCGAGGAGAACGCUGGAGCGUUACGUAACCUGAAGAGCGGCAUUGUGGGUGAUGUAGUUUAUUUAUAAAGGGCUCCAACACCCACCGCCAUUUAUUGGACUACUAACAUGGCUGACACCGGAAGUGAGGCAAUCUAAGAGCGAAGGCGAUUGUGCUGUGCACACAUGUGCGUGUUCUCCAGCCAAACCACGCGUCCCUACUCUAAAAGUGAACAAUUACAGCAUUUGGCGAUAAAAUAAAAAUGCUCAGAGACGUGUCAGCCUCAUCGAGUGAAGAUGAAACUGACACAUCGACAGAGGAAGUCCCGUUACCGCAAAAGGAGCUCGAGACAAGAACGAGCAGGUACCAAUGUCCUAAUGACUUUGUGUCCUUCAGACACAAAGCUUGCAGCAACACGCUAACAGACAAACUGAAGAAGAGCAAGAGUGAACUGUGGCUCAUCAAAGCUCCUGCCAGCUUUAAUCCAGACUGCAUGCGAGGCGUCCAGUUGAGCCUUUCAGGCCUUCAGACGCUGAAACUUCCUGCGGACAAAGGCGAGAGUGGGCAGGGCCAACAGGUGUACAACAUUCUCGGCUCCUCCCUUGGCCCCUCCGAGCUCCACCUCCUCACGGGUGACAGUCGUACGUCGCAAGCGAUGGUGAUGGGUCCAGAUUUCUCCGGCCUGUUGAGUGUUAGCGAGAGCUACGGCGGCGACCAGUGGCUCCCGCUGAUCCUCCCCGCCUCACCCGCGCCCGCCAUCCCGCCCAGCCUCAAACAGCGGUUCCAUCCCUUUGGCAGCAAGGCACCCGCCCAGGGAGAGAGCGAGGUGGACGCCGCCCCUUCGGAGUUUGCGAGUCUCCACCCUACAGGGGUCUCUCUGGCCAAUGAAGAGGAGGGGAGAAAGAGGAAGAAAAAGAAGAUGAAGAAAGAACGGACAGAGCGAGAGGAUGAGGAGGUGACAGUCAAAUCGGAAGUGGGCGUGGACAUCUGCUUCCAGGAAGUCGGAGCGCCUGAGGAAAAGAGGAGGAAGAAGAAGAAGAAGAAAAAGGACAGAGACGCAGAAGACGAGUCGCCGCCCGCCGCCACAGUGAUGAUCAAAAAGGAAGUGAAACUUGAACCAGUGGACGUUUUGUACGAUUACCAAGUUGACGACUCAGCGAAGAAGAAGAAAAAGAAGAAGAAAAAUAAAAGUGAUGACUAGUCUGACGCUUGCAUCAAUUCCCCGAUUAACUUUUAUUGCGAAAACUUCCUCUGGUGGUCAGGAAGUUGUCGCCUGUCCCUCUCAGGUGGACUCCAUCGUCCGCCUUCUCGACGCCGAAGAGCUCGUCAGCGUGCAGGAGGAAGACCAGAUGAUGGAAAGAUGGACGACCAUCAGAUGCACACACAAAGAACGCAAACUUUUUGUCUUAUUUUUGUCUGUUUUUUGUCUCUUCAGAGACAAAAAGCUAGUAGCGUGGAUCAAUAUAUUACAAUUGGUGUAUGGUGCAGAACUGAUUUGAGUAACCAGAAGUGGAUUUUAUAACAUAACCUGAAUAAAUACUUAUUGCAUUAUACUAUUGAAGAAUAUCAGUUAUGCUUGUCCAUCCAUUUUCUACCGCUUAUUCCCUUUUGGGGUCGCGGGGGGUGUACUAAUUAUAAUGUAUUGAAAUGGAGAUGUAUUGAAAACAUACAAUGAUCCAAUUAAGUCUAGAAAAACAAUAAAAAAAAUUACUUGAUA